AUGCAUGCCCGUGGUGGUUCACAAUGGCAGAGUCGAAGAAAACCCUCCCUCGGGCCGCUGCGGCGUGCCCAUCCUGCGUCUGGUGCCACGUGGAAUGUACAGGUAGUUCGAGGCAAAAUGACGUCACGUUGCUUGUGGCACGCGUGUCGUGCCUUGGUUGUUGGCAUCGUACUCAUGCUGGUAGGCGGCGGAAUGGCUACCGUGGGAUACUACGCCAAUAAUUUUCCUUCGUUGUCCGAUGUUAAAAGCAACAGCACAUCAACGAUUCGCGUCAAAAACGAACACCGUGGAUUGCAUCUAAACAAUUUAUCCUACGUUGGACCUAUCAUCAUGGGGGUAGGCGGCUUCAUCGUGGUGGCAUCGUGUGUGAUGACGUUCGAAGCACGAGAUUCGGCAGCCAAAGUAGUGCCGGCCCGUUUCAAACUGAGUGGCACAGCACGGAAUGCCAGUCGCAGCAAUAUGUCCCGGCGGUCUACGAGCACUUCUAACGGCCCGGCAUCGGUGGGGUCACAAGCAGCCCGCUGGGAGCAGCAUUUGGGGGUAUUCAGGACUUCACCGGCAGUCGAGCAGGUUACGGAUCGAAAGGCGUUGACCGCAGCGCUGGUUCACUUCUCCAGGGCACUCGGAACGCCGAAAGCAAUCCACCAACCGUGUGAAAGUCGACGAGUGUCCCGCAGCGGCUCCGUGCCAAAUCUAACAGCCGACAAGCUGCCAACGCCCCAAGUGGUGGACUCGCCGGUUUGUGCCCGGUCGGUGGUUCGGCAUCAUCAUCGUGGAUCGCGUGUCAGCAGCAUGGUUCAUCGAUCGACACGUGAAACCAACGGAAGCUUGUUGCAUCCCGGGUUACUGCACCAGAUGCAUCGGCAUGCACAGUCCGUGGAUGAGCCAGAGCCUUUCAUGAGACACUCGAAUCAGUCCGGUUCGCACGGAUCUAUGCACUACGGAUCCUAUCCAAGCGACGUACCGCUAGUGCACAAGUUGCGUGACCGUAACAAGCGCUCGGACACGGCCCGGAAGCAUGUCCUAUCACGGCAAACCAAGAUUGAGAAAGACGACCCGUCGGCCAGCCCGAAACAUAAUCCUUUUGCCACCAGCCGACGGUCAUCGACGAUUUCGAAUGCCUCGUCCAAAAUGAACCGAAGCAGUAGGCGUGCCUCAACGAUUUCCAAAACACCUAGCGUCGAUUCACGGGGAGCGGCUUCCACGGCGGAAUUCAACAGUCCGGAUCCGUCAGUGCUGGCAGCGACACCACGAAAGGCCAGCGGGAUGGGGCAGAUGUCGACACCGUCGGUGGAGCGAGAAUGUCGAAGCCAAUUAUCCAUUUGCUCGGAACCGACCAUCGGCCAGCGCAAUCUGUCGUGUCAGUCAAGCCUAGAGCCAUGUGUUCCGGAAGAAGACAGCCCAGAGCAGGACGAGCCACAGUCGGGCGCUAUUGCUGGUAUUGCCAACGAAUCACAACACUCGCAUGAAAUAUGCAACCAAUCGGUUCCAGUCAGCACGUCUAAUAUAAAUUCAUCGCCCCCCGUAGCCCGACCGGAUUCGCUAAUACUAUCGGGUGCCCGGAUGAUAGCCAACAGCGAGUCCAGCGAGAAAACCAGCCGUUUCCUGCACCGAAGCAAUUCGACGAAAAGUUUCCGUAAACCGAAACCGAAAAUAAAAAGCAAAAAACUAAGCAACGAAUUCGAUCAGAUAUAUGUGAUUAGCUCGAGUAGUGGAGAGACUCAGGGGGUUGCGGUUCACGGGGGCGCCGGAAGUAAUCGUUAUCCUAAUUUCUAUCAUACACGUGACGAUGAGUGUUACGAUUCGAUUGAAGUGAUUCAUGAACGGCGCAGUAAAAACUUUAACAAGUUUAACAGUGUGUGCGAUGAGUCGAGGGUAGCAGAAGAGCAGCCGAAACAGGAAGGGACAGGGGAACUGGUACAGGACAACAACUGCUGCCUCGUUGGUGAAAGCUUAGGUUCGAAUAAAUUCAGUGUAGUUGCUGAUAUUUCACCAGCCAUGACAAAUGUUAACGUCGCUGGUAGUGCGGAAAAGUUACUUCCUGAAGAAGCAAUCGUCAAAACGAUUGCCUUUGAUUGCAGUGCAGAUGGUGGGGACAUAGAGGGAAAGGAUGAUGCAAUCGAGUUAGUCGGGGCAGAUGACGGUACAGAAAGACAGGAUACGGAUCACAAUAACUCGAUUCAACGGUACGAUACCGUCAUCUACAAGGCAGCUUCAAGUAGUGUCGAAAGCGGAGAUGUAGUGAUUGAAGCUGGAUGCAAUUCUAAAAGUGCCGAUGCUUUUGAGCGAAUUGAUCCGGUUGAAAAUGUACAGGCUAAUAGUAAGGAUUAG